AUAAAAGACUCACCGGCAUCCCCGACUUCAGCCUGCUCACUUCCAGACUCACUAACAGACGACUCUGCCUGUCAUUCAGCCAAAACUAGCCAUGCUGAGGUUUGUGGCCUUCUUGCUGUGCGCUGCAGCAGCCUUUGCAGACAUCAUGCCCAUGACCGGCUUCAACCUGGAUGAGAUUAAAGGAAAGUGGUAUUUGAUUGGCUUUGCCACAAAUGCGAACUGGUUUGUGAAUCAUAAAUCCAGCAUGAAGAUGGGAAGGGCCAUGCUGGAGCCAACAGCCAGUGGAGACCUGGACAUGACUUACACCAAUCUCAAGGAGGAUGGCACCUGCUGGAAGAUGACACAUCUCGCUAAAAAGACUGACAUUCCAGGACAAUUUGUUUUCUACAGCCAGCGCUGGGGAAACAGUAACGACAUGCGCGUGGUGGACCUCAAAUCUGACGAGUUUGCUAUUGUCCACACCAUCAAGACUAAAGAUGGCGUGUCUGAAGUUCUCAACAAGCUAUAUGGCCGCAGCCCAGACCUGAGCGGAGAACUGAUAAAGAGAUUCCAAAAAUUCUCUCUGGACACGGGAGUCAACCCUGACAACAUUGCCAUUCUGCCACCAAACGGUGAGUGCUGAGAUGGAUAAAAAUCUGCUGUCUUCAAGCAAAACCUUCUGCUUCUUCUGCAGCAAUUGAAAUUAAUUUUCAAUUUGUUAUAUUUGUUUUCUGUCUACAACAACUCAUUAUGUGUUUACUGAAAAAGAGGGAAGCCAGAAGGUUCUAACCUCUGGAACAUGUAGGUUUUCACAUUUCAGCACAUCAUAGAGAAGACUAGGUUGGCUUUAUUAGGUAUUUGGGUUUAUUUUGGAAAAAUAUCUACUAGAUAAUACCUACCUAAGUGUAGCACUGGCAUUUUGUUUACUGGAGAUUCUGGAUGUUCUGCAUAGAACCUUCAGUCUUCAGAGAGCUGAUGUUUUUUUUUUUUUUUACUGCUGAUGCUGUCUACUGAUCUACUGUCAAAAUAAAGUUGUUUACAAGUUUCA